AUGGAGCGCGCGAGGGCGCUCGCGACGAGCGCGGGGGAUCGAGCGUCGACGAUCGCGAUGUCGGCGCUGUUGGACGCGCGAACGAAGCCGACGGAGACGCCGUGGGGAGCGAUCGACGCAAUGUUACAUGGAGGCGAUGUCAAGGCCAGGGAUGGGGAUGGAACUCGGACGGCAGUGUUAGGAGCGAGAGCGCUGAGCGCGCUGACGCGGUUUCGACAGGCGGACGCGCUCGAGGCGGCGAUGCAAUGCGACGCGGUCGCUCGGGAUUUGUCGGACGAGAAUUUGGAGCUCGCGCAGGAAUCACCCCACGGGUGGGCGGUGGCGACGGCGUUGAAGACGCUCGGACACGUUGAACGAUUGCGAGGCGAUGCCGGACGAGCUUUGGAGUUGUACGAGCGCGCGUCAGAGUACGCCGAGUACGUCUCUCGGAGUGAACACGUGGGCGCGAUGGCGUCUCGGUACAUCGCGGAUGAGAUCAAGGUAGAUUGCUCGCUCGCACUGGCACAAGUCUACGCCGAGACGGGUGACUUGGAAAGCGCGGAGACCGCCGCGGCGACAGCUCUGAGUGGUGCGGAAGCGCUAGGUGAUGAGCGACAUCCGCGCGUCGGCGUUGCCAUUGCCACGAGCGGCGACGUGUACGUCGCAAAAGCUCUUCGAGCGUCCACGGCGGAAGCGGGAAUGGGCGACGGUGCCGGGGUCAUGUUUGCCGAAGGAUUGUACAAGUCGGCUCUGAAGCUCAUGCACUACCCGAAUCCUGUCGAGGACGCGCACGUGGGCGAGCUCGAUUACGAGGCGAGACAUCUGUGCGCUGUGCUGCACGCGCGAUACUCGAGCAUCCUCCGUGCGAGCGGGCCGCAGCGCGCGAGUGAGGCUGAAAAAUGGUUAGCGAGCGCCAAAUUCCUUUGGCCCGACGAGUGGGCGAACGAAGAGGGGGGCGUCAACGGCGUCGCCGUGGUCACCAAACUCGCGACCAAGCUCGGCGUGCGACACGGAGGAAGGAUCGUCAUCGACAUGCAGCAGUUGACCCCCUUCGUUCUUCUCGAGGAGACGAAGCAUAAGAGAUCGAACGGAUGA